AUGAGCUCCUUCAACUUCAGCUUUGCCAUCACAGGCCCCACCCGCCCGGCCUACCGCAUUUCCAAGCGCGAUUUAGGAGACAGCGCGUUGGACCACCAGCUCCAUGAUGGGGAACUGUUUUAUGGCACGUAUCACAUCAUCCGUAAGAACCGGCCGACCACCCUACUGCUGGUGUUUCUCACCUUUUCCUUAGGAGCUAUGUUACGAACUGUUUUGAAAGAAACAAAAAUACCUAUUCUUGUAAUUAUAUUUACCUUCGGACUUACCCUUGGAAUAAUAGCCCAUUUUUCAUAUCAGUUACCUUUUGUGAAGAACAUUGCAGAUAUAGAUCCUGUACUUUUUCUUCAUUUGUUUACACCAAUUAUAAUAUUUACAGCUUCAUUUGAAAUGGAUUUUUAUAUAUUUCGAAAAUCUUUUUGGCAGGUGUUAAUUCUUGCAGUUCCUGGGUUUUUAAUGAACUGUGCUUUUCUUGGAUGGUUAACCUACAAAAUUAAUAAGUAUAAUUGGUCCUGGGAUGAUAGCAUGUUGUUUGGAAUAAUUCUUAGCACAACAGAUCCAGUCCUCUCUGUGGCUUCUGUAAGAAACAUUGGCCUUUCAAAAAUAGUUAUCAACUUAAUUAAAGGCGAGUCUUUGUUUAAUGAUGCUACCACAGUAAUUAUUUUUGAGUUAUAUAGGGAUCUUAUAAAUCGUAGUCAUCAAGAAAUAGUUAAAGAGAUUUUAAUAAAAUUGAUUUUAAAAUUCUUUGCAAGUGCUGCGUUUGGAUUUUUGAGUUCAAGAUUUGUUAUUUUCUGGUUGCAACACAUUUUCAAUGAUGGAGUUAUUGAAGUAGUUUUGAGCUUCUCAAUGGCAUACAUAGUUUUCUUCUUGGCUGAAUGGCUUGGGAUGUCUGGAGUUAUAGCUCUUUGUAUUCUGGGUCUUGUUUUAGAUUCCGUAAGCUUUAGCCCAGGAAUGGAUGUGUUUCUUUAUAAGUUCUGGUCAAUGUUGACAUUUUUGGCUCACAUAAUGAUAUACCUUAUAAUGGGAAUUGUUAUAGCUCAAAAAACAUUUCCAUAUGUAAAUGCUCGUGCAUUUUUUUAUAUUAUAACAAUCUACCUUUCAUUGAACCUUGUACGGGCUUUAGUUAUUUUGGCGUUGAGCCCUUUUUUGAGUCGUCUCGGUUAUGGAUUUAAUUGGCGUUGGGGAGCUAUUAUUGUCUGGAGCGGAAUGAGGGGAACUUUCACUUUGAACAUGGCACUUGGAAUUAGCCAAACAGAAAGUGUAACUCAGGCGGAGGUCUAUAUUAAGACCAUGAUAUUAUUGCAUGCUGGGACAGCAUCUUUGUUAACCUUGAUUAUUAAUUCCACCACUGUGAAAAAGCUGGUUAUGACGUUAGGUCUUUGUAAUAUUACUCUUCCGAAGCGUAUGGCAAUGCAUAAUGCUGUUCAACGCAUCAGACAAAUGGAGGCCAACACCUUUUCAAUGUUGAAGCUUGACAGAUUUUUGGCUGAUGCAAAUUGGGCAAUGGCUGAAGAAGCAAUUAAAAUUGAUUAUCCUUAUAAAUUAGAUUCAGAAGAAGUUAAUCAACUGAUCAAAACACUUAGAUGUCCAGACUGUAAUACUGAUAUUACAUUUGAGAGAAGUUCUCAACAGAUUGCUGACAUAAUGGAAGAAGCCAGGUUACGUCUCUUGACUGCACAAAUAGCCAGUUACCAGAAGCAAUACAACAGUGGAAUGCUGAACCAAGAUGCUGCCCAAACAUUAAUAGGUGCAGCAGAAAGCUAUGUUGAUAUUGAAGGAAAAUUUAUGAAUAUUCAUGAAGUAAAGACAUAUUGGGAAAACAAAGGAAUACUGGUAAUGAUGAAGAAAUUGCUGACUGAUUGGGUUUACAGUGUGAAAGAUGAAACAUCUAAGCCACCAAAAAACAAGUUGCUGAGGCUAUCCCACGAAAUAGUGUUCAUGGAGGAAUUUGAAUAUAUAAGUACCAUGAUAACAUGUUUGAACUGCAUACCGAUUGUUCUUCACUUUAUACCAAGUGUUAAUUCGUCAUAUCUUCCACAACUAAAAAUGUGCAAUUACUAUUUUCUGAGUUUAUAUAUAUUGGAAGCUUUACUGAAGGCUAUGGCAAUGGGCAGUAGCUACUUCUAUUACCAUUGGAAUCAAUUUGAUAUUCUAAUCAUAGUAGUGGGGAUUAUAGAUGUCAUGGUUGUAAAUCUCUUUAAAUCGCUUACUCCAACAUACGCUAUGACUAAUAUUGUCAAGAUGUUCAGGUUUUUUCGUCUUCUAAGAAUUCUGCGGCUCUUGAAGCUUGUGAUACCCAAAACAAUUUUCUUGUUGGAUAAACAAAUAAACAGACAGCUCACAUUCCGGUAUGAUAUUGCCAAAGGUUAUGUUCAAGGUGAAGAAGAUAUAAAAUGUUUAGUUGGACAGAUUGCUGGCCAUGAGAAAGUUUAUUUGGAAAUAAAUAAAAUAAUGGAAAAAAACAAACAAGAGGCUAUGAAGGAGUUAGGGUUAAUGCAGCGUGAUUACCCAGAUAUUGUCACUGCGGUGAAAACUAAACAGGCUGUCCAAACAGUGCUGAAUACAGCUUCUGAAACACUUAGGGUUAUGAUAUCAGGAGGAAUUGUUGAUAAAACUGAAGGAGCUGAACUGCAGAAGAUGAUUCUAAUUAAAAGAAAACAGCUUGCAACGCUUCCACCUACAAUUGCACCACCCACGGCACAGGAUCUUCUGUGCAAUGUUAUGUGGCUACAGAAUGACAAAAACCAGAUAGAAUAUAUUCAGAAAAAAGCAAAAAUUCUUUAUUAUGAUUAUGGAGAUAUCAUAUUUGAUGAAGGUGAAUUGCCACAAGGAAUCCAUUUAAUUGUAUCAGGAAUGAUUAAGCUUUCUGGUUCUGCUCCUUGUUACGGAGUUGAUAAAGAAGCCCAGAAAGAUGAUACUAAAGAAGCACAGAAAGUUGUUAAAGAACACCAUAAACAUGAGGCAGUGUCUUCCUAUACAGACUACUUGGUCACUGGGGCUAUAAUUGGAGAGCUCAACUGCCUAACCAAGCAAGAAAUGGAAUAUGGAGUUACUUGUGAAACUGCUGUACAGACGUGUUUUAUCUCUAUAGAUGAUUUGCUUGAAGCUUUUGAUAAGUUUUUAGAAUCGCCCUCCUUAGAAUAUAAGAUAUGGCUGAAACUUGCUCUUGAUGUUGCGCUCAAAACUUUCAGGGAAACCCUUCCUAACCAGGAUUGGUCAUACAAGAUAUGCGUGCAGUUUUCUAACAUGUAUGUGCUGGAUGUACCAAACCACACCAAAUGUGACAUUUAUGAUGGUGCUAUGGACGAUGUUAUUCUUGUACAUGGAACUGUAAAAGAUUGUCAACUGGGUCAGCGUUACAGUGCACCAUGUAUUUUACCUAAAACCUGCCACCAGGUACAAGGCACUGCAUCCGCAACAAAACUGCUAGUUAUACGAACUACAGAGCAUGGAGCACGGAAGAGUACUGGAACAUGUAGUAGUAUUUGCCAGUAUCAUUCAACUCGGAGACAUGCCACCAUGGGACACAUUUUUGCAUUGGACGCAGGGAGUCACAGUACAGUAUCUUCUGAUUUAGAGUAUACAUAUUUGAGCUCCCAAAAUCCCAACUUGAGAAGAGUUUAA